AUGGUUCGAUCGAGCCCGUGGGCGGCGCCCUCGGACCUCUUGGCCCGAGAGCCUCGAGUUGUUUGCAUCUCGGCAUCUCGGCUCAAGUGUAAGAACACCUUGCGAGGGGCUGGGGUCGAGGAACCGAUGGCCAUUGGACUUGUGCAUCUCUUUGAGGCUGGCCUACUGCUCAUGAACGCAGCGGCCAUCCUGAAUGAGAAGAGAUUUUUGCGCAAGUAUGGCCUUGACAGCGCCAUCGUGGGCGAGAAUCUGGGACCCAAGAACCAGGUUGCGAGCUUUCUGCACGCCAUGCGCACCUUCAUGAGAUACCCUCUCGUCGCCAUGAACGUCCUGGUCAUCAUCUACGAGAUGAUACUUGGGUGA